GAAACUGUUGCGAACGGAUUCCACUUUCUUUCUCUGAUCAAUUUUUCGUUGUAAUUUGGAGACAUAAUGUCAUCCUUUUGGGCGCUAAUUUUACAACCGGGAAAUAAAUACUCGCAAUACGUGAAUGAGUCCUUUCGCAUAACCAUGGCAAGUUUGGAUAUUACAUAUGCUAGUAAGACACAACUUCUGAACUCUUUCGUGAAAUCUCGCGACGGCAUACCUGAAACUCACCUCCGUGACAGACCGAUACAAGUAAUGAUGGUUCAUGAGCAGACAAGAUUUCUGCUUUGUACUUUACACAAGGAUAAACCAUGGCAAGUUCAACUCAACGUUCUUGUACAAAAGGAAACUGUUGUAACUCUUUCAUGCAACGGUGGAAGUUACGUUCAUCUAACUGGACAUUACAGAAUUGACUCGGAAAAAGCUCCAUUUAAUCCAAACUGGAUAACAACUUUAUCUUGGCACAUCUUAGACGAAAAAAUAAAUGAGCUAAAAAAUAAAGGGACUUGUCUAGAAGAACUAACUGAAUAUUUGAAUAAAUAUACAACAAUAAAAAUUGAGGAAAAAUGGAUAGUUUCACCAUACUCUAUUAAAAAGAAACAAAUCCAAGAAAAUAGAAUACCUCUUCAAGUUCUAAAUUUAAAAAGAAAAAACUUUAUGAAAGAUAAUAAUAGAACGGAAGAAACAAAGCGCCAAGAAAUAAAAGAGAAACAGCAGAAAGCUAAAGUAACCGAGGCAAAAUCAAAGGAAAAAGAUCCUGAUAAAACAAAAAAGAAUAGCAAGCAACAAGAUGUAAGAAUUAUAAAGAGUGGAAUGAAAGUGCAAGAGUUAAGACCUGGUACUGGCAAAAUCGCAGAAAUGGGCAAAUACGUCACAAUCUAUUAUGUGGCUUAUGUGAAGACCGGACUAAUGUUGGAAGAAUUUGAUCGAUUUGAAAAACUUGGCUUUAGAUUUAAACUCGGUGCAGGAUUCGUGAUCAAGGGCUUGGAUAUAGGAGUACUUGGAAUGAAAAUUGAUGAAAAACGUCGUCUUGUAAUACCAUCCAAUAUGGCAUAUGGAGAUGAAAGUUAUGGACUCAAAGUUCCACCUAAUUCAACAGUUGUAUAUGAUGUUGAACUUAAGAAAGUCGAAUAA